AUGGCCGCAGACCUGAGUGCCAAGACUGCGGCCGAUGUGCAAGUGCCCAAGUACGGCAUGACGCCCUUCGGCCGUCAGGUCGUUGGCAUGAGAGAGAAAGAACAAGAAAGCCGCGAAAGGUGUCACGAAGUCCCGGUAGAGGUGACCGUGCGCGUGAGCAAAGGAGCCAAGCAAGGCGCAUCUUUGAAGGUUCUGUCCAACAUGGGGCACCAGACGCCCGGAAAGUUCCCUGGGAAGGUCAACUUCAAGGUGCAGCGAGGUAGCAAGGAAGAUAGCUACAGGAUUGCCGAAUCAGAUCUGCACACGGUGUUGCACGUCUCUUUAGAACAAGCCCUUUUUGGCUUCUCGAUUUCUUGGAGACACCUGGGUGAGGAGACCGUGACGAUCGUGAAAGAUCGGCUGGAAAGACCUGACGAGGUGCUCCGCCUCAAGGGCAAAGGCUUAGUGCAGUCCGGCAACAAACGCGGCGACCUCUACGUUCGUCUUGCGGUGGAUCUUCCCGAAGUGGCAGGGCAGAAGGAGCUAAGUCUUUCGGCCAAAAAUGUGGAAGCACUUCAGGCCGAAGCAAAGCUUGAGAUGGAAGAUGAAGUGAGAAUAGAAGAAGGAACCGCUUGGCGAGAUUGGAAGGAGAGGAGUUCAGCCAUCACCUACAAGGUUUCGAAAGGAAAGACCGAGCUUUAG